AUGCGCGGCGGAGCCCUCUGCGUGGCGGGCCCGGGGGAAACCUCCCUCACCCGCAUCUCACCCAGGAUCCGCCAGCUUCAAGAUCGCCUGAUGGAUUCCCUGCCCUGCGACGGCGCCUGGGAGUGCCUGUCCCCGGCGCAGAGGGAGGCCAUCCUGUCUAUCCACCGCAUGCGCACCGCCUCCACCGACGACUCGAGCGAGCAUGGCGAGGGCGGGGGCAAGGGCCACCGCAAGGGGCGCGGGCAGGGCAUCCCGCGCUUCGUCCGGAGUCGAAGUUACGACGACCGCCUCGAGAGCGAGACGGACGACUCGGGCGUGCGCGGCGUCAACGGCACCAGCAGCGGCGCCACCAGCCACAACAGCCACGAGGACGACUCCAGCGACCCCGGGGUCAAGCGGGGCGGCAGGUUCGCCAAGGCCGUGAGCGCCGACAGGGCCACCAGGCGCGACGUCAAAAAUGAGUUCCAUGAGAUGAACAAUAUGAAAAACAUGCGCAAGUCGGAGGUGACGAACGGCUUCGGAAAUGUGAACAAGAUCAUCUCGAAGCAGAUGAACAAGGCGUCCGCCAUGCCCUCGGGCCCGUCCAACAUCACGCUGGACUGCCGCAACGUCCAGGGCGAGAAGAGGAGGCGUUCCCGCAUCGACGUGAACGGCCUCUUCAGGGAGGGCAGCGCCGAGAGGAGCCUGGAGGCCGAGCCCCCGAGGAGGGCCGCCCCGGGCAGUGACUCGCAACAAACGAGAAUCGGUCUGACGAGAAGGAACAUUUUAAGUGAGACCUUCGAGAGUGACUCGAAAUUGCACUCUCUCAAGGAGCUAAAAGAGACGGCCUCGUCAGAGGAGUAUGACAGUGGAGUGAACUUUAAGAAUGACGAUAGCAUGGACGAGUACGUGCGAGACCGGCAGAACGGUGGCUGUGAUUUUAACAAUGACUUCGAGUCCGACCGCACGCCGAGGAGCAGUGACACCACGUCCCCGUCCCUGCAGCGGAAGCGCGACCGGUCCACGGAUCGGCUGCGUGCGAAGGGGGACGACCUCACCGCCAGGAAGGCCUCGGCCGAGCGCGACCCCUUCGGAGGCUGGGACAGGGACGACAAGAACAGAUCUCGCGAGCGGGAGGUCCGGUCGGCGCUGGCCGCGGCCCACCCCGAGAGGCCCAAGUCCACCAAGCCCAACGGGGAGCCUCUCAAGAGCAACAUGAAGGUCGCCUACGGUGCCAAGCUCAACUCGUCUUUCGAUUACAGAACCAACCUGAAUCAGGAUCAGCUGAACAAGUACAGCAGUAAUUGGAAUAAUAUGAUCCUGAAUAACGAUGUUCCUAUAAAGCCCUCGAACGCCGCUGCCCCGACGCCGCAGGCCGCCGGGCGCGAGGCGCGAUUCGCUAAAAACGGGUCGUCGGGGGCUCUCGUCCGCAGCACAGGUAACCUAGCAAAUAAGUCCGCUGUUGCAGCUCAGGUCAAAAAGGGUGACCCGAACAACUGGAUGAUGGCGGCGGAUCCGAGAAGAACUCCGAAUGCCAGCCAAGACAGAUCCGCUGCCAGCAAGAAGUACGUCCGCAGUAAGAGCUUAGACCGCAAGUACUUGGACGAGGACACCAGCGAGGAGGAGAGCGACUUCGAGACCCGCCGGAGGACCGACCGAGUGAGGCGGUACCAGAGAGCCAACCAGGACUGGGAGGUUGGGCGCCCUCACGGGGGCGACGAGAGAGGGCGGCAGAGGCUGAGGGAGAGCGACUCGCCGAGGAAACCCAAGGCGAAGAGCGCGUGGGACCUGUCGGGGCAGGCUCGGGCCGUCCGCGACGACUUCGACGAGUUCGAGGAGGUCGGCUUCAGGACCAGGAGCGACUUCAGGAGCAGAUGGCAGAGCGAGGACAGCGACGUGAGGCACAGGAAGUCGAGCGACAACAGCGAGUUCGGCCGCAUGCAGUGGAAUCGCCGCAGCUGCGACUUCGACCUGGACUUCCCCGGCGAGGAUCUAGACCGGAAAUCGGGGGACAAGGAUUUCGAUCGGAAGCGCUGGUAUCGGCGGAGCUGCGAUCUCGACCUCGAUUUCGACCUGCAUCAGAACCGGCAGCGGAGGGAGGUGGAGUUCGACACCGAGUGGGGGCGACAGACGCUCGAAAACUGUGACGAUUUCGAACCCGAGUUCGCAACCGGGAAGGGAAAGAGGAGCCGCUCGCGCAUCGCGGAGCAGCAGCUGGUGAGCCUAGAGGCGGCGGGCAAGGGCAGAGGCAGAGGCGACGAGAAGGGCCGCCGGACGCGCGCCGAAAUCGAAAGUGGUCGAGUGACGCGCCUGGACGGCGUAGACGACCGUCGACUACGUCUGGACGACGAGCCCGUCCGCCGCGUCCGCAUGGAGGAGGACCACGGGCGUCGCACUCGCCUCGAGGAGCACUACCGCUCCAAGACGAGCAUGGGCCACUACGGGAGGGAAAAGCGCGAGAGGAGCCGCACGCCGCACCUCCUCCGGGGUAAGCUACGUCUCCUAAAGUCCAUCCUGUCCUUCUAA